CUAUUUCAAGAAGAUCUUUGGAUAAAGAUAAUUAUGUAGCUGUAUGUAGGUACCUAAAUACGCUUUCCUUAAAUUUAAUAGGCACAUGCUCUAAUAAUUAUUCUUACUUAGAAUAACAAUACUAAGGCACACCACGUUGUUACAAGAUACUCCGCCAGGCGCCACACGUCUUCCACAUAAAAAGUACCUACGGGAAGAAAAUUUACAAGCAUUCAUUAAAUUUUACUUAGUUCCGAUUGCGUGAUUCCUGAUGGUGCACUCAGGAUCGGCUCCCAACGAGGGAACUCCACAUCGGUUUACUGCACGGGCAUGAUUUUUUUCUCACAACUUUGAAUGCAAUAAAUAAGAUCUUCCUGACAACAAGAAAAAUUUGGCAGGAGAGUAGCGUAAAACUUGGAACAACAGCAUCUGCUGUUGAUAUAUGUAACUAAAUACGAUAAUUUUGAAAUUCUUAACAGCGCUAAGCACGCCGAAUUAAAUUUUAAAUUUUUAACUAUUUAUUGAUUUUUCUUUGUUGUAUAAUAUGACACCAAAACAUAUGUAUAGAAAUCUCAGAUAAUUGUGGACGGCCAUAGGCUUGCGCAAGCGCUGUUGCAAGGGUGUUGCCAUGAGCUUACAACCUGAGGCUGCGGAGUCCUCGACGAUAUGUCGUCAACAUAACUGUCAGCAAUUGUUUGAUCAGACCAUAUUGACAUUUCUUUCCAGAAAGAAUAUUCUCACCAUGCCACAAAAACAUGGCGGAUUUCGACCUUUGCAUGAAGCGAGCUUUCAACAAGGUAUCCCUGAACUAGGCGUGGCACCCUUCGACCCUCACCACGCAGACGAAGUGGUGCAGAGACGGUCGAUCAUGGGUGUCGGCUACAAUCUUACGCUAAAAGACGUGUACGAGGGAGGCUGGACCCAGUCAAUAGUCACGAAAUUCAAGACUGAUUGGGAAAACGGACGCAUCAUAUAUUCCCAGUAUUUCCCAGAAAAGUGGUUAUACGGUGAUUACGACUUUAAUGGUAACGUAUUCGGUCUAGGCGUGCACCGCAGCGGCCAUUGGAAUCUCACCUUACGAGACUAUGCGCAGACCACACGCGUCAAACGGAACGGAGCCGGAGUCAGCGUCCACGUGGAGAUAGACCACAUCGGUGGCAUGGAGAUACAUGUGGGCAAUAUACUGCGAGGAAACAGUAUAUUAGAACACAUGCUAGACCGCAUGAUCAACGCGGCGUGGAAGCCGGGUUUCGCGGUGAUCCGGCCGCUCAUCAACGACCUCGUCAGCACCGCCUUCACCGACAUCUGGAGCAAGUCCUUUAGGAACUUCCCAAUAGACAAGUUUAUCAAAUAAGUACAUUAAUAGGAAUAUAUAAAUUAUUCUUACUUUA